GGUCUUCUUUGCUCCUAGUCAGAUCUACGUACUACACCGCCGCCAUCAUUGCUCUUCUUUUGUUUGUUCACGCCUCGAUUCACUGCACCGAAUUACCUCACGCCGUUGCUCUCUUUUUAUUAUUUGUAUCCUUAUCGCGCGCAACAUCAUGUCCGCGAACAUUCGCACCGCGCUCUCCGGCACGAACGUCCCGAUGCUGGUGGCUGGCCUCUCCGGCGGGCUCAGCGUGGUGCUCGGAGCGUUGGGCUCGCACGCCUUCUUGGAGAUGAUGGACACGAACCAGUUCAAGGCCUACAGCGUCGCCAACCAGUACCACAUCGUGCACUCUGUCGCGAUGCUGGUGGUGGCCGCCAUUGCCCCCCGCGUGGCGGAGCCGGCGGCGACGCACUUUCGUCGGGCGUACGCCCUCUUCGCCGCGGGCACCCUCGUCCUUGCCGGCUCGCGCUACAUCCACUGCACCGUCCACAAGCCGGACUUCCUGAGCAAGACGCCGCUCAUCGGCGGUGCCUUGCUGGCGGCUGGCUGGGUGUGUGUGGCGAUUGGCGGGUCGACGAUGAGUGCGUAA